AGACAACUUGGAAAACCUUGAUCUACCAGAGGACAACGUUUGCAGAAGGCAUAUAAAGAAGCAUCUGUGCAAGCUGCUUAAGGAAGGAGAAGAAGAAGAACAAGAUGGCUUCAUUGUCUCUCUCUUUCCUCGUCGAGAUCUUGCGUUAUGCCUCUCUCCUGUGUCUUUUGUGCCUCGACGAUAUGGCCUGUGUCGUUCAUGGAGCUCAGGAGAUCACCCUCCCAGUCACCUCUCUUUUCCCUUCUCCCAUUUGCAAAGCUUCUACUUCCAACGCGAACUCAACUUUGAAGUUGGUUCACAAGAACAGUCCAUGCUCUCCCCUUUUCAAUGGCGAACCCGUGAACCACACCCAACUUCUGCUUGAAGACAUUGCGAGAGUGAAGUGGAUUCGAUCCAAAAUCUCUGGAGCCAGUGCAGCUAACAGCUUGAAAGACUCGGCCGUCAGCAUCACAGCCAAGUACGGUGCUGGUGGCACCAGCUAUUUGGUGACUAUAGGCCUCGGCACACCGAAGAAGGACUUGACCCUUUUGUUUGACACCGGAAGUGCGCUCACGUGGACCCAGUGCGAGCCAUGUGCUGUGUCUUGCUAUAGCCAAGCCGAGCCAAUCUUCGACCCCUCUCAGUCCUCCUCCUACGCCAACAUCUCUUGCUCUGCUCCAUCUUGCACUCAGCUUCCUUCUGGCACUGCUCGACCAUCUCGCUGCAGCGGUUCGACAUGUGUUUACGCGACGGGGUAUGGUGACCAAGAGUCCUUUACCAUUGGCUUCUUUGCAACAGAGACACUGACCUUAUCAUCAACCGACGCGAUCACCGGUUUCGAGUUUGGGUGCGGUCAGAACAACGGAGGGCGAUUCAAGGGAUUUGCAGGAUUGUUCGGGCUUGCUCGAGACAGGAUUUCAUUCGUAGAACAAAGUGCGACCAAAUAUGGACGAUAUUUCUCAUAUUGCCUCCCACCAUCGACGAGCUCCACGGGGUACUUAACCUUCGGCAUGGGCAGUAUGACAUCCGCCUCGGCCAGCUUCACACCAAUAUCAAUGGUCUCGCAGAGUUCACUCUUCUACGGCAUUGACAUAACAGGAAUCAGUGUAGGAGGUAAACCGCUUUCUAUACCAUCAACCGUGUUCUCAAAUGUUGGCUCUGUCAUUGACUCGGGAACCACAGUCACGCAAUUGCCCCCGACUGCGUACAGCGCCCUACGCUCAGCCUUCCGACAGGCAAUGUCAAACUACAAGAUGUCGGCUCCGGCUUCUGGCUUCGACACGUGCUAUGACUUGAGCGGGUCCACCAUGGUCACUGUCCCAGUUAUCACAUUCUCCUUCAGGGGACCCAUUGACGUCCAGUUGGACACCAGCGGUGUGUUGGUUCCUGUAACUCAAUCGCAAAUGUGCCUAGCAUUUUCAUCGACCGGCGACGAGACUGCUCCCAGCAUCUACGGGAACAUACAACAAAGGUCAUUUGAGGUGGUGUACGACGUACCUGGAGGGCGGAUUGGUUUCCGCCCAAAAGGUUGUUCCUAACUUCCUAAACAUUGUCCUAUAGCUUCCAAGUCAAAAGGGGGCAAAGCAAUUUGCUUGUUUGGUGCACUUCAAUAAAUUCCAAGACGCUUGAAUCAAGGCGAGUAAUGUGUAUCAUUCUGUACUCUAAAGACUACGCUCGACAUUAAUCAAUAGUUCUCUUCCAUUUCUAUA